AUGAAGUCCUCGAUCCACCUCAAGGCCGCCUGCGCCGUGCUGGUCGCCUCCUUGCUCGGCGGCGUCCAGGGCUUUCCUCAGUCGGCUCCUCUGCACGCAAGAGACGAGACUCCGGCCGAGGCUGCCAACAAGGUUCCGCUGGGGGUGACGAUGGCCAACGAUGGCUCCUCCGUCAUCUUGGACACCACUGAGGAUGUCAAUGGCUUAAAGAUACGCUUCCGCGUAAGCGGCCCCGCCGGCGAGUUCACCACGGCCAGCAAGGUCACGGGCGGCGGCAAGACGACCGGCGCCCCGGGGACGCUGGGGCUCAACGUCCUGCUCCACGGCGACGGCGGCGAGUCCUUCUUCAAGAUGCCCAACCAGGGCGUGAGGAACGGCCUGGCCGGCGUGGCGAUCCUAGCGCCGGACGAGAACCUCCGCUGGGGCGGCGGCAUGGGCCUCGGCCGCGUCGACGGCGUCGCCCACGCCAAGGCCGUCAACGACCUCGUCAUGCAGAUCCUGCCAAAGUACCUGGCCUUCAACUCCUCCAACGUCUACUUCACCGGCAUCUCGGGCGGCUCGCUGCUGCUGUCGGGCUACUUCAUCCCCACCCACAUCGGCAACUUCGCCGGCGCCGGCGUGUUCCUCGGCUGCGGCGGCAUGGAGCCGCGCGUCGAGGUGUCGGAGGCGUCCGCCGACGCCAUCACGACCACGCCCAUCCACUACCAGUCGACCCAGAAGGAGCAGAUGGCCCUGAUGAUGUCGAUCCCGGCCGCGAUCAAGGCAUACAAGAAGAUCGUCAAGGACAAGGGGCUCACGACCGCGGAGAUCGACAAGCUCCAGACGGCGGACAACACGCCCGACGGCGGCCACUGCGAGUUCGACGGGCGCGGGUUCGACACGGGCAUCCAGCUUAUGAUGGACAACUACGCCGCCAUCAUGCAGGGCGGGGACGGCAACGUCCCCGGCGUCGGGGACGUCCUCAAGGGCGUCGCCUCGUACACCAUGACGUACCCUGGGCUUACGGGAGGAGAAUAA